CCCAGAACCGCGAGCACAUCGAAGCUACUGCUGCCUACGUGACAACAACCUAGCGCUGGGAGAAGGUGGUUUAAAGUCACUGGCACCUGCCGAGACUUCCAAAGCUUGAAAACAAGACAACUUGAAUUUUAGCAACGCUGAAGUUCCAAGUUCAUCAUCAAGAAAAACAUACUUCUUCCUAAUCCUAGAAUAGUUCUCUCCCUCGCCCCAUCAUGAGAUUACCCCUCAUCGUCACUGCCACUGCCGCUGCAGUCGCAAACGCGGCUUACCCAGGGGACAUUGUUUACUAUUGGGUAGAUCAAUCAGCCUCCUUCGUCAACGGAACGGUAAUCGGAGGACUGCAGUCUCCGGUGGGUGCGUGGUACCAAGCCAUCUUGCAGGCGGCAGUCUAUCAAGCUGCAGUCAAGUCGCGGCGCGAGAGCCUCGAGUUCCAGCAGCUUGCCGUGUCGCAUGCCGCUCACAAUGCCAUACUCUGGGUUUUUCACGGAACCCGGCUCUACAACUCGGUCGACGCAGCGCUGCGGGCAGUCAUACCCGCCAUUGGCCUUGACCCAAGCUCAUCCAAAGGGACGGACGCCGUUCGGACGGGCCAGAACGCGGCGGCCAAGGUGGCAGAGGCUCGCGCCGACGACAAGAUCACCAACUUUGUCGACUUCACCUACGGGCCCCAGAAUCCCGGCGUCUACCAGCAAACCCCCGGGUCGAAUCCACUCCCCGACGUCCCGCAAGCCAGGUUCAUCACCCCGUUCGCCGCGCUGGGUGAUAUAACCCGCUUCCGGGCGCCGCCGCCUCCGCCGACCAACUCGGAGGAGUUCGAAGCCGAAGUGCGAUACGUCAAAGAGCAGGGCUCGCUCAACUCGACGGUACGGACACAAUACGACACCGACACGGCCUACUUUUGGCGCGAAUCCUCCAUAACUGCCUGGAACCGCUUCGCCGGCGCCAUAAUCGGCAACAAGCUCGCCACAAACGUACCCGCAUCAGCCAAGUUCUAUGCGCAGCUCAACUACGCCCUGGCCAACGCCGGUUUCGCCGCGUGGGACACCAAGUAUCACUACCAAGUCUGGCGUCCGCAAACAGCAAUUCAGUAUCCCUCCCCCUGGGUGCACAGCGGCCGCAACGACAUAUACCACCCGUCCUGGACACCCCUUUUGCGGCCAACACCAAGCCACCCAGACUAUGUCUCGACACACGCAACCUUUGGCGGGGCGGCCACGGCCGUGCUGCGGGUGGCAUUCAACAACAACAAUGACACCAUCGAGCGCACGACGUGGAGCAGCAAUGUCACGAUUGACAACCGCGGGGUCAUCACCAGGGCUUAUACCAGUUUGCGGGAGGCGGCUGAAGAGAAUGCGCAGAGUCGCGUCUUUGGCGGUAUACACUUUGCGUUUGCGGGAGUGGAGGGGAUUGCUCUCGGUGAGAGGGUUGCGAAAGAGACACUUAGGAAGUUUGAUGACAACUGGGAUAAGUUCUGAGCUCAGGCAAUACCAUUGCCACUCGCAGCAAGGGGCUGUCCUGAAAAAGAGGAAAACUAAAAAGUGGUACAAAUUCUCGAUGCAUAGGUUAAUACUCAGACGAUCCAAGGCAGGAAUGAUCUCCAGCCCUGGCUCCCCCUGUCAUUCGUAUGGCGUACGCCCAGGGGCUAUAUAAUCUUGACAUCUAUCGCAAAUCGCAAUAUGUCUAUGUCCGACUUUUGU